GGACUCCGUCUGAGAAGCCCGAUUCGAGGUCUUCAGGGGCGGUUUGUCCAUUCGAAGGGUCAUUCCGCUGUGGCUCCCAAAUUUUGCUUCCGAGGCUGGUCUGGCUGAGGGCUCAGCGCGCCCGGCCCCACCCUCCAGGUGAACCUAGGAACUGAUGACGGGGCCCCAGCGCGCGAGGGACUAGGUUCACGCCGUCCUCUCAGGCCCUCGCGGCCGGGCGGCCUGGGUUAUCCCGAGUAUCCUGGGCACCCCACGCCACGCGUCUCUGAGUAUCUUCCUCCCCUUCGCGUGCCGACGGCGACGCGAGGGCCUUAGUCCCUGGGAAGUGACGCCCCCUCUGGUUCGUAAGACUCAGAGUCUCAGGCCACCCGGGCUUAGCUCUGUUUUCCCCGAAAAACACUGAGUCUCCGGUCCUUGGAAACGGUGACUCUCCUUACAGUUCUGUGCGUGAGAGCCCUGGCCGCUGAAUGUCAGCCCUCUGAAGGCAGCGGCAGUGUCUUGGUCUUUGUGACGUAUUCAAUAGCGGAGCAGGGAUUUGUGUAAGGUCAGCACCUAGUAAACGUUUGCUGAGUUGAACUGUUAGGUGAAAGAACUGUUGUAGGACCACUAACUCAGCAUCUUUAAAAAACUGUUCUAGAACCCCCCAACCGGAGUCUCAUUCUUUUUCCUGCGAAACACCCGAUGCUGCCUGAGGCUUGGACCCAACCUGAGGGACCACACCUGAGAAAAUCCUGCCUGUGUCUGCAGUAUCCGCUUGAAUUCCUCAGGUUGUUCAGGAAUGGAGAAUCUCCAGCAGUGUUAAAUAUAUUACCAUCAACUUAGGAGAUGGCUGCUUUGCAAAGGAAAGGGCUUCAGGCGAGGAUUCUCAGCUCUGAAGAAGAGGAGAAACUGACAAGAGACCAAGCUUUAGUGUCUAAUUAUAAACAGCAAAAACUGGAAAAAGAGGCUCAGAAGAACUGGGACCUUUUUUACAAAAGAAAUAGCACUAAUUUCUUCAAAGAUAGACACUGGACCACCAGAGAGUUUGAGGAGCUCAGAUCAUGUAGAGAGUUUGAAGAUCAAAAAUUGACUAUGCUUGAAGCUGGUUGUGGGGUUGGGAACUGUUUAUUCCCGCUUUUAGAAGAUCCGAAUAUCUUUGCCUAUGCCUGUGAUUUUUCUCCAAGAGCAGUUGAAUAUGUCAAGCAAAAUCCUUUAUAUGACACAGAACGAUGCAAGGUAUUCCAGUGUGAUCUGACUAAAGAUGACCUUCUGGAACACGUGCCCCCGGAGUCUGUGGAUGUUGUCAUGUUGAUAUUUGUGCUCUCUACGGUUCACCCUGAUAAAAUGCACCUUGUCUUACAAAACAUUUACAAGGUAUUAAAACCAGGCAAAAGUGUCUUGUUUCGCGACUAUGGGCUGUAUGAUCAUGCCAUGCUUAGGUUUAAAGCCGGCAGCAAACUUGCAGAAAACUUUUAUGUUAGACAAGAUGGAACCAGAUCGUAUUUUUUCACUGAUGAAUUCCUGGCACGGCUCUUUAUGGACACAGGUUACGAAGAAGAGGUGAACGAAUAUGUGUUUCGUGAGACGGUGAAUAAAAAAGAAGGCCUGUGUGUACCGAGGGUUUUCCUUCAGAGCAAGUUCCGAAAGUCUCUGAAGAACCCAACUCCUGGGACCCCGCGCCUGGGCCACGAGUCCUGACCUUUGACGAAGUUGAUGUCUGUGCCUCCCCUUGAAGAGGAAAGUUUAAAGUCACUCUUUAUUUUGUGUACUUUUAUAUUUUAACUUUUUAAAAUGAAUAUAUAUACUUUUUAUAUUAAAAGGUAGCAAGUGUGUGUGUGUUACAGAAUUGUAAAUAAAAUUGCAAGACCUGAAGAGGAAA